CGUUCUUCCUCGGGCUAUAAGAAGGCAGAGGAUGAGAUGUCCCGGGCCACGUCUGUUGGAGACCAGCUGGAGGCACCAGCCCGCACCAUUUACCUCAACCAACCGCAUCUCAACAAAUUCCGCGACAACCAGAUCAGUACGGCCAAGUACAGCGUGCUGACAUUUCUACCUCGAUUCUUGUAUGAGCAGAUUAGAAGAGCUGCUAAUGCCUUCUUCCUCUUCAUUGCCUUAUUACAGCAAAUCCCAGACGUAUCUCCAACAGGAAGAUACACCACGCUGGUGCCAUUGAUCAUUAUUUUAACAAUUGCAGGCAUCAAAGAGAUCGUAGAAGAUUUUAAGCGACAUAAGGCAGAUAAUGCGGUUAACAAAAAGAAAACCAUAGUGUUAAGAAAUGGUAUGUGGCAUACCAUUAUGUGGAAAGAGGUGGCAGUGGGAGACAUUGUGAAGGUCGUCAAUGGGCAGUAUCUUCCCGCAGACGUGGUCCUGCUCUCCUCCAGUGAACCUCAGGCAAUGUGCUAUGUUGAAACAGCUAAUCUAGAUGGGGAGACGAACCUUAAAAUACGGCAGGGAAAGUCACCUUUUAUGACAUGUGCUUUGAGUCACACCGCUGAAAUGCAGACGCGAGAGGUGUUGAUGAAGUUAUCUGGAACUGUGGAAUGUGAAGGGCCCAAUCGCCACCUCUAUGACUUCACUGGAAACUUGCACUUAGAUGGGAAAAGCCCUGUUUCCCUUGGGCCUGACCAGAUCUUAUUAAGAGGUACGCAGCUUAGAAAUACUCAGUGGGUCUUUGGCAUAGUAGUUUAUACUGGACACGACACCAAACUCAUGCAGAAUUCAACCAAAGCCCCUCUCAAGAGAUCGAAUGUCGAGAAGGUGACCAACGUACAGAUCCUGGUGUUGUUCGGCAUCCUCUUGGUCAUGGCCUUGGUGAGCUCGGUGGGAGCCCUGUACUGGAACGGGUCUCAAGGCGGAAAGAACUGGUACAUCAAGAAGAUGAACACGACUUCAGAUAAUUUUGGAUACAACCUGUUGACAUUCAUCAUCUUAUACAACAAUCUCAUUCCCAUCAGCCUGUUGGUGACUCUCGAAGUUGUGAAGUACACUCAGGCCCUUUUCAUAAACUGGGACACAGAUAUGUAUUACCUAGGAAAUGACACUCCUGCAAUGGCCAGGACAUCAAACCUCAAUGAAGAGCUUGGGCAGGUAAAGUAUCUCUUUUCUGACAAGACUGGAACUCUCACAUGCAAUAUCAUGAACUUCAAGAAGUGCAGCAUUGCCGGAGUAACCUAUGGUCAUUUCCCAGAAUUGACGAGAGAGCCAUCCUCGGAUGACUUCUGUGUGGACGGCAGCGCCCCGGGUGUCCCAGAACGCGCUGGAAGCGCCUGGACAGCUCCCCUGCGCGUUCCCGACCGCGUGGCCAGUGCGCACCGCCCUGUGCCGAGCGCGGGGAGAUGGGCUUCGCGCGGACGGGAGUGCGCGGGAGGCCCGGCUGCAGCGGGCGGCGGGGACGCCGUGGGGCGGUGGAGAGGGCAGGUCUUGUGUGGGAACCCCACAGCCCCUUGCAUCCAGGAGUUCCUCACCCUCCUGGCCGUGUGCCACACGGUGGUUCCCGAGAAGGAUGGAGACAACAUCAUCUACCAGGCCUCCUCCCCAGACGAAGCUGCUUUGGUGAAAGGCGCUAGGAAGCUGGGCUUCGUCUUCACAGCCAGAACACCGUACUCGGUCAUCAUAGAAGCGAUGGGACAGGAACAGACGUUUGGAAUCCUUAAUGUCCUGGAGUUUUCUAGUGACAGAAAAAGAAUGUCAGUAAUCGUUCGAACUCCUUCGGGACAACUUCGACUCUACUGUAAGGGGGCUGAUAAUGUAAUUUUUGAGAGACUUUCAAAAGACUCAAAAUACAUGGAGGAAACAUUAUGCCAUCUGGAAUAUUUUGCCACGGAAGGCCUGCGGACUCUCUGUGUGGCUUACGCGGAUCUCUCUGAGAAUGAGUACGAGGAGUGGCUGAAAGUCUACCAGGAGGCCAGCACCAUCUUGAAAGACAGAGCUCAGCGGCUGGAAGAGUGUUACGAGAUCAUCGAAAAGCAUCACAGGUCGCUUACUCCUAUUCUGCCAGAUGAGUAUAACAUCCAGAAUCAGUUCUUCUUCUGUGGGUAUUCCUGCCGAUUGGUAUCACAGAACAUGGCCCUUAUCCUACUGAAGGAGGAUUCUUUGGAUGCCACAAGGGCCGCCAUUACUCAGCACUGCACUGACCUGGGAAACCUGCUGGGCAAGGAGAACGACGCGGCCCUCAUCAUCGACGGCCACACCCUGAAGUACGCGCUGUCCUUCGAGGUCCGGAGGAGCUUCCUAGAUUUGGCGCUCUCGUGCAAAGCGGUCAUAUGUUGCAGAGUGUCUCCUCUGCAGAAGUCUGAGAUAGUGGACGUGGUGAAGAAGCGGGUGAAGGCCAUCACCCUCGCCAUCGGGGACGGCGCCAACGACGUGGGGAUGAUCCAGACGGCCCACGUGGGUGUGGGAAUCAGCGGGAACGAGGGCAUGCAGGCCACCAACAACUCGGAUUACGCCAUCGCGCAGUUUUCCUACUUAGAGAAGCUUCUGUUGGUCCACGGGGCCUGGAGCUACAACCGGGUGACCAAGUGCAUCCUGUACUGCUUCUACAAGAAUGUGGUCCUGUACAUCAUUGAGCUCUGGUUCGCCUUUGUUAAUGGAUUUUCUGGGCAGAUUUUAUUUGAACGCUGGUGCAUCGGCCUGUACAAUGUGAUUUUCACUGCUCUGCCGCCCUUCACUCUGGGAAUCUUCGAGAGGUCUUGCACUCAGGAGAGCAUGCUCAGGUUUCCACAGCUCUACAAAAUCACCCAGAACGCCGAAGGCUUCAACACAAAGGUUUUCUGGGGCCACUGCAUCAACGCCUUGGUCCACUCCCUCAUCCUCUUCUGGUUUCCCAUGAAAGCGCUGGAGCACGAUACUCCACUGGCCAGUGGUCAGGCUACCGACUAUUUAUUUGUUGGAAAUAUUGUUUACACGUAUGUUGUCGUUACUGUGUGUCUGAAAGCUGGUUUGGAGACUACAGCUUGGACUAAGUUCAGUCACCUGGCAGUCUGGGGGAGCAUGCUGAUCUGGCUGGUGUUUUUUGGCGUCUACUCAACCAUCUGGCCCACCAUUCCCAUUGCUCCAGAUAUGAAAGGACAGGCCACUAUGGUCCUGAGCUCCGCACACUUCUGGCUGGGGUUAUUUCUGGUUCCGACGGCCUGUCUGAUUGAAGACGUGGCGUGGAGAGCGGCCAAGCAUACCUGCAAAAAGACAUUGCUGGAGGAGGUGCAGGAGCUGGAAACCAAGUCCAGAGUGAUGGGAAAGGCCAUGCUUCGGGAUAGUAAUGGAAAGAGGCUGAACGAGCGGGACCGCCUGAUAAAGAGGCUUGGCCGGAAGACGCCCCCGACCCUCUUCCGCGGCAGCUCCAUCCAGCAGUCCGUCCCCCAUGGGUACGCUUUUUCGCAAGAGGAACACGGAGCUGUCACUCAGGAAGAAAUAGUCCGUGCUUAUGACACCACCAAAAAGAAAUCGAGGAAGAAAUAA